AUGAGUUGGAUUGGCAAGAGGAGACCUAAAACCGAAACAAAAGUUUCUUCUGUUGAAGUUGCAUUCCAACCAAACAUGUCUUCACUUGCGAUAAAGUCGUUUGGGGUUCCUAAAGAAGACGGCAAGCACGAUUCUGAUGUGAAUCCCUCUGCUUCUUCUGCUAGUAUUCUUCCCACUGCUUCUUCUUCUGCCAUUUCUUCUGCUAUUGCCCGAAGUGAUGUAGAAGAGGUUCAUAAUUUGGUUACAAGAACUGACGAACACUACGCUGAACACUGGGAUUAUAGAGACUCCUACUAUCCUACUGUUCUUCCUUUGAGAAAGCCUUACUCUGGUGAUCCAGAACUUCGUGACCAGGAGGAAUUUGGGAAUGUGGCUAAACACCUUGAUUAUGAUGAGACCACUAUCAACUCAGCAGAAGAACUCGGUCUGACAAUGAUUCCCGACUGUCUCCCUGUAACGAAGCAAAUGAACACCAAGAGCUCGGUACCGGAGAACAGUUCGAAUAGAAGCAACCCUUUUGAAGGUUUACCAGAGGGAUUUAUGGGCAAAAUGCUAGUUUACAAGAGCGGUGCUGUCAAGUUGAAACUUGGAGAUGUCCUCUAUGAUGUCUCGCCAGGUCCGAAUACGAUAUUUCAUAAUGAUGUGGCAGCGAUCGACACCAAAAGGAGGAAAUGCUGUCGCGUUGGUUCUUCAGCGAAAUUUGUGACUGUUACUCCUGAUGUUGAGUCUCUUUUGAAAUCUGCUUCAGACAUGGAAACACACAAGUGA